CAAACAGAGUCAGUCACACAGUUUCACUGAAGCUGUUCACUUCGGGAGCUCGUCUGGUUUCUUCUCCUGCUUCUGUUCAGUCUUUUUCUCGGCCUUUUGAUCUCAGUCCAUUUUACCAAGAGGGUAACAUAUUUGCUGUUGAGCUAAAUCCCCUGUGGAUUUUGAAUCAACAUUUUGUGACUUCUGGUAGGAAGAAUGUCACACCCCAGCACUCUGGAUUUGGACAGAAGCAGCGUCCUGGAGAAAUCUCGUCGCUCCAGCAGUCGGAGCCUGCCCCGGGCCCAGGCCAAGCCCGGGGAGGUCCUGUGUGACUUCUGCACAUCAGGGAGGGAGAAGGCCGAGAAGUCCUGCCUGGUGUGCCUGGCGUCCUACUGCGAGGCUCAUCUCCAGUCCCACUAUGACUAUCCCGCCUUGAUGAAGCACAAGCUGGUCAAAGCCACAGGUCAGAUGAGGGAGAAGAUCUGUGCACAGCACGAUAAGCUGCUGGAGGCUUUUUGUCGUGCUGACGACACAUCCGUGUGUGUGCUGUGCAUGAUGGAUGAACACAAACAUCACGACAUCGUCCCGGCUGGAACUGAAAGGACAGAGAAACAAGUGAGUGGAAGAAACAAUCUGUCAAGUUGA